UCCCAGUGGCCUAUACUUUAUUGUUGUUAUCGUGCCAUUGUGUUUGUCUUGUUAAUCGACAUCGUCGUCGUUGGAUUAUUUUUAAGAGUGAAACAAAAAAAACAACUCUACAUUCUACAAAUGCGCCUUAUCUAUUGUUAAAAGUAUUAGUUCUUAUUUUUUUUUUGUGCUCGCCCUGUACUUUGUAACGCUCGCCGAGCACUUUGGCGUACGGCAUUGUCGAUUUUUCGAUACAAAAUCAUUACUCUUGAACGUUACGUCGGUCCGCUGUCAUUUCUUAACGGUUUGUCAACAGAAUUGGUCAUCCGUUUUCUUCACAGGGUGUCGAUUCCAACAUUGCAAAAAUGAAUAUUAAGCUAGUAGCAAUCUGCGUAUUGACUACAUUCUGUGUAGGAUACGUUACUGGAGAAUAUUGUUACAACGAUGUUGUUGGUGCUUGCAGCCCAGUUGGAGGAGAAGUGACAAAUUGUAAUUCCAAGUAUGGAGCUUUCAAAGGAGAAGAGAUUUUAUCAAGUUUCCAAUACUAUUCCAAGUCACAUAUUUUGCGCAGUUUUCAAUACUUAUUGAUGUCCUCUCAUUUUGGAAACUAUGAAAAAAACCGUGGUGGAUUCGAAAAACUUUACAGAAAAUUGUCUGACGAUACUUGGCAACAAGCUAUUGACAUAGUGAAAUUCAUCAGCAAACGUGGAGGACACAUGGACUUCCGUUUGGCUAAUGAAGAAAAGAACGACAAGAUAAUCGAUUACGAGAUGUAUGAAUUGGGAAGUAUGGCUAAAGCAUUGGACAUUCAAAAACGUUUGGCUUCCGAAGCAUUUCACAUUCAUAGUGAAGUUACUCGUGUUAAGGAACACGAUCCUGAGGUUGCAUCUUACAUAGAAAACAACUUUGUACAUAAGCACUCAUCGCUUGUACGAGAUUUGGCUGGGCACACCAAUGAUUUGAAACAUUUGAUUGCUAAUCAACCAGACCCAAGUUUGUCACUCUAUUUGUUCGAUGAAUACCUACAAAAAACUAUUUAAUUUAUAUAUCUUUAUAUUUUGUAAGUUAAUAGUAAUAUUUAUACUAUAAAUAGAACUUGCCUAUUUUCUUUGAAUACUAGUUUACACGAGAAUAGACAUUUAAUAUACAAUAAUGAGUUUAUAAACAAAAUAUUUAAAUAUCUAAUAUCACAACUUUUAAAGAACAAUUAUAUGUCGAACUAUAAACGUAUUAUCUAAAAUGGAUAUUAUGUAAUUAAGACAAUUGUGUAAAUCACACUUUUUUUUUUUUAUUCUAUUCUUUAUAUUUUUUAAAAUUUACUACUUAGUUUAUGAUCAAUUAACUCUACUAGGGUCGAACACCCAGUUAUUAUUACUAUCAUGUUAUUAUUUUAUUGUUCUACUUAAUAUGUAUUUUUUGGAAUAAAACAAUUUUAUGUUGAAAA